CAUUAGUCAUUCCUACCCCCAACUCGCCACCAAUUGCUUCACUCGGCAGCUGAAGCUGUCACGCUCGACUCCCCCCCAACUGUCACAUCUUGCUUCUGCAUCACAGAAAAUCGACCGAGUAUUUUACUUGUUGACGCGGGGCUUUCCAUGUCUUGCCGUCCUGAUUUGUUCGCAUCUUGAUCACCUGCGACCCCAAACCUGAGCUGACAUGAGCCUGCGAUCAAUCCUUGGCGACUCGAACCGUGUCAAGAAGAAACAAGGCCCGUCCUCAUCCAGGCCAUCAACCAUCAGCACCUCGUCAUCCUCACCAUGGCCAACAAAUCUGCAACGCAGAAAGCCCUCCUCGUCGGGGAAUUUGUCUGAGAAGCAACCAACGCCAAGCCGCCACUACGACCAUGACCAAGACGAUGACCAGGACAUCCUCAACCACCCGCUCGACGACCACGGCCUCGUCGCAGCCCUGACCACUGACAUGCGCCUGCGCGACGUCCCGCAGGCAGUGCGUCACGCGCGGGAGAACAUGUUUGCGCCACUCCCCACGCGCGGCACCUCGUCGGCGCUGCGCAUGACCCUCGCCUCCAGGAGGGAGUGCAUCCCACCUGUGGUCUCGGCCGCGCACGUCCAGGCGCUACUGACCGCCACGCCGACCGCCGUCGAGCGCGAGACGGUCGAGCUCGUCCGCGCCGGCGUCCUCAGGAGGGUCGACGUACCCACCAGGGGCGUUGCGGGCGAGGUCCUGGUCCUGGCGGCUGACUACGAGGCGCUGGUGGGGCGGGCGCAGGGGUUGGAUGACGGCACGCGAGAGGCCUACGCCGCGAUGCUGAGGGAUCGGCCCGGCGCUGCGACGGUCGUGGCUGGACCAGACUCUGGGCUCGGUGUGGCGCAGGUUGAGAAGCUGUUCCGCGCAGGGUUUCUCACUAGCGCGGUGCAGGGCCGCGCGGCCGCGGACGGCAUCUUCUCGCGGCCAGAGGACAGGACCACGCUGCUGUCGCUAGCUACGGUGGCGAGGGCGCCGUCCGGGACGGUAUGGGCGGUGGGCGGACAGGGUGGGGCACGUGAACACGCUACCGGCAGGGGAGGGGCUGGUUCUCCAUGGCCGGCCGGCGGAGGGACGGGGACGACAGAAUAUCGGAUCGCCGUGCCCGGGGCCGGAGCGUUCCUCAAGCUGGUGACGGCGGCGUUGGAGCACUUCAAAACGCUACUAGCGCGGCUACCGCAUCGCGAGGCGCCCGAGUACCUGCUCAAGGAGAAGUGGGAGGGCGGGACGGCAAAGGGUAGCGGGGUGCAGGAGGCGGCGCGGCUGGCGCGCGGCGAAAAGGUCGGCACGCUGCCCGGGCGCACGAGGCGGUGGCGGGAUUUCAUGGGCUUGCAGUUCGAGUGGAUUCUCGCCGAGGCGGUCGGAGCUGGGAUGGUGGAGGUUUUUGAGACGGGCAGCGUGGGACGAGGGGUGAGGUUGUUGGUGAGUUAGGAUGGGGUUGUGACAGGGGAGAUGUACGAUAAUCAGAAUUAUGAUGACUAUGGAGAUGACUGUGGAGUUUGUCACGGCAGCAAUGAGUCCCUCGACAAUUCACAUGCUAUCUUGUAAUUCUGUUGUUAUCUCAAGAGGUUUGAUCGCCUCGAGAGCAUUGUGAUAGAGACCAAUGUUCAUAUGCAAGACACCGAUCAAUAUUCUCGUUUCAAGCAUAUUCUCUCUGCAUAUUUGGCGUCGGUGUCCACUACCGAAAACGGCAACUUACAUAGAACCCCAUGAGACUGCAGCUUAAUAGAUCAAGCUAUUUUAAAACG